GUGUAGUGAUCGGUGGGAUCCUUGCCGUUCUAAUCGGAAUGGUUCUGCAGGGUGGAUUCUGCGCAUUGGAGAUUGGAAGGAAGAAGAAUCAUAGUGUGUGUGCGUGUGUUGCGCAAUAACCCCCCCCCCCUCCCUAGCAAGCCGGUGUGGGACUCCCCUGCACAGUGUUGCUGGGAAGUGGUUAGGAUCCGGCAGCUGGCAUAGAAGACUUAGCCCUGUUGUCCCUGCACUGCAUUGAUCAUGCACAGACUCGUCUAUCUGCUGAUCCCUUGGAUCCCCUGGAUACAUGCUGAAGACAGCGCCAUGGAGGAGAUCGCCACAGAGAAAGAGGCAGAGGAGAGCCACAGGCAGGACAGCGUGAGCCUGCUGACAUUUAUCCUACUGCUGACUUUAACCAUCCUAACCAUCUGGCUAUUUAAACACCGCCGGGCACGCUUCCUGCAUGAGACUGGGCUGGCUAUGAUUUAUGGGCUUAUCGUUGGAGUCAUUUUAAGAUAUGGCAUACCUUCUACCAGCAGCUAUGAGAAAGCAGUCACUUGCUCUGAAGAAAAAAAGGCGUUUACGACACUGCUCGUCAAUGUUAGCGGGAAAUUCUUUGAAUACACUUUGAAGGGCGAAAUUAGCCCUGGGAAGAUCAAUAACGUGGAACAGAAUGAUAUGCUGAGAAAAUUGACCUUUGACCCCGAAGUCUUCUUCAACAUCUUAUUGCCACCUAUUAUCUUCCACGCAGGAUACAGUUUGAAAAAGAGGCAUUUCUUCAGGAAUAUUGGAUCCAUUCUUGUCUACGCUUUCUUUGGUACAGCACUUUCCUGCUUCAUUAUAGGAAAUCUGAUGUAUGGAGUAGUCAAACUGAUGGCACUUGUGGGACAACUGCACGGCAAGUUUUACUACACCGACUGUCUGUUCUUUGGCGCCAUAAUCUCUGCGACUGAUCCAGUGACUGUCCUUGCAAUAUUUAAUGAUCUUCGAGCAGAUGUGGAUCUUUAUGCUCUUCUGUUUGGUGAAAGUGUUCUUAAUGAUGCUGUGGCUAUUGUGCUAUCUUCGUCUAUUGUUGCUUACCAGCCCACAGGUGAGAGAAGCCAUACAUUCGACGCAGCUGCCUUUUUCAAAUCUGUUGGAGUCUUUUUGGGGAUUUUCAGUGGCUCGUUCGUUAUGGGAGUUUGUACUGGAGUUGCAACAGCUCUGGUGACUAAAUUCACCAAGCUGCACUGUUUCCCAUUGCUGGAAACUGCUCUGUUCUUCCUGCUGUCCUGGAGCACGUUCCUCCUGGCUGAAGCAUGUGGCUUUACAGGGGUCGUUGCUGUGCUGUUCUGUGGAAUCACGCAAGCUCAUUACACACAUAAUAAUUUAUCGCCUGAGUCAAGGAACAGAACUAAACAGCUGUUUGAAGUUUUACACUUUCUGGCGGAGAACUUCAUCUUUUCAUACAUGGGUCUGGCACUUUUUACCUUCCAAAAACACGUCUUUAGCCCAAUCUUCAUUGUCAGUGCUUUUGUUGCUGUGUUUGUGGGCAGAGCUGCUCAUAUCUAUCCACUGACAUUUUUACUAAAUUUGGGUAGAAGGCACAAGAUUGGAUGGAACCUUCAGCAUAUGUUGAUGUUUUCAGGCCUUCGAGGUGCUAUAGCAUUUGCUCUUGCCAUCCGAGAUACAGCUACUUAUGCACAUCAGAUGAUGUUCUCAACAACACUCCUAAUAGUCUUCUUUACUGUCUGGGUAAUUGGAGGAGGAACAACACCCAUGUUAUCCUGGCUUAAUAUCAGAGUUGGUGACCAUAAUGCAUCGUUGGAAGAUGUGACCCUUAGAUCCUGGCAAUAUUUCAGAGUUGGAGUUGAUCCAGAUCAAGACCCACCUCAGACUAAUGACAGCUUUCAAGUACUGCAUGGGGAGGGACCCGAUUCUGUAACAGGAAGCAGGACAAAACAGGAGAGCGCCUGGAUUUUUAGGCUAUGGUACAGCUUUGACCAUAACUACCUUAAGCCGAUGCUCACACACACUGGCCCGCUGUUAACCACAACAUUGCCCAGUUGGUGUGGGCUGGUGGCCAGGUGUUUCACAAGCCCGCAGGUUUAUGAUAAUCCAGAGCCACUGAGAGAAGAAGAUGCAGACUUCAUCCUUAAUGAUGCUGAUCUCACACUGACUUAUGGAGACACCACAAUCACUGCCAAUGGUUCUUCAGGCUCACACACAGCCACCACAAGCCUUGAUGGCAGGAGAACAAAAAGUAGUUCAGAAGAAGCUCUGGAACGUGAGCUUGGAGGAGACUGUGAGAUAACAAACAGGGGAACCCGACUGGUGUUCCCCCUUGAAGAUAACCCAUGAUCCACAGUGUAGGCGACAGUGAAGGAAAGAAGACCAGUGUCUCAAGAAUGGGGCCAGGAGCAUCUCAGGGCCCAGUGUGCUGAAGAGUUAGGUGUGCAGGUUCAUGCACUGAAUAUGUGACAAUUCUUAUGGUACUGAACAUGGGAAUUACUGAGACCAUGGAAACAUUUCCAAUCGCACACUGCAACAUUUAGACGUUUGUAGUUGCAAUGCGUGGCUAACACAGACAGUUACCUAGAGCCCUUCCCAUGCUUGUUCCUCUGUGACCCUAACGAUAUAGACUUGAAACCUGCUCCUAACAUAUACCUGUGUAGUUAACAACCUUUGUUUUUAGGUCAUUGUGACUGAUAUACCUUCAAACUAUAUGCAGCCUUUUUGUCGCUAGUAGGGACAGUAAAAGUUGUUUUGGGAAGUGCCUGUCUUUUAGUAACGAAAAGGGGGCAACCGAGCAAUUUCUCCAAUUGCACAUCUCCCAAAAAUGUGUAUGCAUUAUUUUUUAACCAUAUAAAAUGAGUGUAUAAGCACUGAA